ACUUCGAUUAUUCCGGAACUUGAAAGACAAGGCUAGGGUGUUCUCGUCAUUUGGCGCGCCCUCUUUCUCCCGCUUCUCCAGCGCACUCUCCCAUUUUCAUGGCAAGUCUCCUGCAACCUACUAGCUUUUCCAUUAGGUUUCUUGUUUACCAGUGCAUAAACGAGAUCAUUCCUCCUCCUGCUUUCGACUGCCAAAAAUGUCUGGAGACAGGGUUAAGAUUGGUUUAUUGGUUCCCCUUAACAAUGGACAAGAGGAAGAUGGCAUGUUAGCAAAACUACCUGUUUUCCAAGGAGACAAUGUCAUAGGUCGCAACGAUCUUGGGACAACUGAUAAAAGAGUAAGCCGCAAGCAUAUCAGUUUGAAUGCUAUGGAUGACGGUUCUGUUGAAGUUGUGGUGGAAGGACCAAAUCCAGCCAUUGUUAAAUCUGGGGUUCAGAGGAAUAAACUGGGUCCUAAAAAUAAAACCGUAAUGGUUCAUGGAGAUGUUCUUGAGUUGAUUCCUGGAAAGCAUUGCUUUAAGUACAUGGUUGUGGAUUGUGAUAAACAAACCUCUGUUUCCAAAAUGUCUUCACAUGAUCCACUUGAAGUGAAAGAAGCUAGUGUGGAGAGGACUUUGAGUACAGUCAAACGGAAAUGGCAGGAUCCUGAACAUGAAGAAUUUGUGCAGGAUGAGGUACCAAAUAAACUCUCCACAGAGGCGGUUAAUAAAUCGGUAACUGUCAAUUCUGGACAAUCUGGUUACAAAAAACUGAAGAAAGAAUCUGCAUCUAUUGAUAGCUUGGAGGCCAUUUGCCAGUUCAAUGUUCAGAGAGAUAAAUUACCUUUAACAUUUAGACUUCUACAAGUCCAAGGGCUACCUGAAUGGGCAAAUACCUCGUCAGUAAAAAUUAGGGAUGUUAUCCAGGGGAAUGUGCUCUUUGCCAUCCUUUCGAAUUACAUGGUGGACUUGGACUGGUUGCUAUCUGCCUGCCCUAUGCUAAAAAGGAUAUCUCAUGUUCUUGUGGUUCAUGGAGAAAGCGGUGGUGCAUUGGAUCAAAUGAGUAAGACGAAGCCUUCAAGUUGGAUUCUGCACAAACCACCUCUACCUAUUUCUUAUGGGACACACCAUUCGAAAGCUAUGAUUCUUGUUUACCCUAGAGGGGUGCGUAUUGUCGUACACACUGCCAAUUUAAUUUACGUUGACUGGAACAACAAAACUCAAGGAUUAUGGAUGCAAGACUUCCCAUGGAAAGACGAGAAAGAUCUCAACAAACAGUCUGCUUUUGAAAAUGACCUGGUUGAGUAUCUUGAAGCACUCAAGUGGCGUCCACUGAGGGCAAAUCUGGGAUCUCUUGGCAAUGCCAAUAUCACAGCAUCAUUCUUUGGGAGAUUCGAUUACAGCAGCGCAACGGUACGACUGAUUGCUUCUAUUCCUGGCUAUCACCAAGGGCCCAAGUUGAACAAGUGGGGCCAUAUGAAACUGAAAACUAUUUUGAAGGAAAGCAAAUUUGAGAAAGAAUUCCUGGGUUCUCCCCUUGUUUAUCAGUUUUCCUCUCUUGGGUCUCUGGAUGACAAGUGGAUGACAGAACUAUCUUUGUCAAUGUCUUCUGGCACAUCAGAUGAUGGAAUCCCUUUAGGAUUGGGUAAAGCACAAAUAAUAUGGCCAUCUGUAGAAGAUGUUCGCUGUUCCCUUGAGGGUUAUGCUGCUGGCAGUUGCAUUCCCGGCCCUCAAAAGAAUGUAGAGAAAGACAUUAUGAGGAAAUAUUGGUCCAGAUGGAAAGCAGAUCACACUGGACGCUGUCGUGCAAUGCCCCACAUAAAAACAUACACCCGUUAUAACGGCCAAAGUCUUGCUUGGUUUCUUCUAACAUCAGCAAAUCUCAGCAAAGCUGCUUGGGGUGCACUACAGAAAAAUUGUUCCCAGAUUAUGAUUCGUUCUUACGAGCUUGGAGUUCUUUUCUUGCCAUCUCUGAUUCGUAAACAAUGUCUUGGGUUCUCUUGCACAGAUGAUAGCAGCUCCUCUCGGGAUUUGGAAAAAUAUGAACUGCCCAGCACUUCAGAAGAGGGUAAAACUAAAUUGGUAACCCUUUGCUGGCAAGCAAACGAAAGUGAGGAAUUAUCCUCUGAAAUAGUCCCAUUGCCUGUUCCAUAUAAACUCCCUCCGGAGCCAUACACCUCUAAAGAUGUGCCAUGGUCAUGGGAUAGGCGGUACCAUAAGCCUGAUGUAUAUGGAAACGUUUGGCCACAUUGAUCUGAUGAUAGCUUAAGUCGCAGAAUUCAACAAUUUCCAUUGGUUUUCUUUUCUUUCAAAGAAUUGUCAAUGUGUGUGUAUGGAGAACAAUCAUAGGAUUUUGAAACUCACUUGAGUAGCCAAUGAGCUCCAGUGAUUAUGAUCAUUUUUCAAUUGCAGAAAAUUAGAAGAAAAUUCCCAAUUGAAUUUCA